CCACAUGAUCGACGUCAUUCUCUGGUCUGCGCACGGCCUCACAAGUAACCCGUCAUGACGACCGUUUUAAGGAAAACCGCAGUUUUUUAUUUUACCAUCAUAACUGGUAUUUCCAGCUGUUUUUGUACCGACGUGUAUUCAGAGAAGAACCCAGAGAUCCCAGCAAUCGCCAAAUAUUUUAGCACGAAAGGAAGGUAUGAGGAAGUGAACCCGUAUCUCAUAGAGGACAUACUUGCUGUAAACAGAUCAAUUUUACAGCCUCCGUCUGCAGAAUGUCGCCAAAUCCAUCUGACAGCCGUAAUAAGGCACGGAACCAGAUACCCGACAUCUAAAAACGUCAAGAAGAUGAAGAAGCUUUACGACGUGGUUCGGGGCAUCGGUGUUUCCAACAGGAACUGGCUGCGUGAACUGCAGACCCAGUGGAGGAUGUGGUACACUGAGGAUAUGGACGGACGACUCGUCCAGAAAGGUGUGAACGAUCACAGACACCUGGCUGUCAGGCUGUCAAAGCUGUUCCCCUCACUGAUUUCAGAGGAGAAACUUCGAGGUGGACUUAUCAAAUUCAUAACCAGCUCAAAGCACAGGUGUGUCAACAGCACACUGUCCUUCAAGGCAGGACUAACAGAGCUGUGGGAUAUUAAAGAUAUGGAGUUUGAUCACGCGGUGAACGAUGCUCUCAUGAGGUUUUUUGACAAAUGCACCAGGUUUUUGGAGGAAGUUGAUAACAACCCAUCAGCUGUGACAGAGGUGGAGAAGUUCAAGGAAGGGCCAGAGGUGAGGAGGGUCCAGCAGAAGGUUGCAGACAUCCUCAACGUCCCAUACAGUUCCAUCUCAUACGAUAUGGCCGAAGCUGCAUUUUAUUUGUGUGCGUAUGAGUUUGCCAUCAAGACUGUGAACUCUCCAUGGUGUCGUCUCUUCGAUGAGGUCGAUGCACAGGUAGUGGAGUAUGCAAACGAUCUGAAGCACUUCUGGAAAAGAAGCUAUGGUUAUGACAUAAACAGCAAGUCCAGCUGCAUUCUCUUCCAUGACGUUUUCAGCCGUCUGGGAAAAGCAGCUGAAGAGAACAUGUCAGGCCAGCAGGUGACUGAAGCUGUGACAGUCCAGGUGGGCCAUGCAGAGACCCUCCUGCCUCUGCUUACCCUUCUGGGCUUCUUCAAUGACAGCGAACCGCUGACAUCAACUAACUUCGCUGCACAGGCCCAUCGUUCCUUUCGCACAAGCCAUAUGUUGCCCUAUGCAGCUAACUUGAUCCUGGUGCUCUAUGAUUGUGGGGGCAACCUCAGACUGCAGCCACUGCUCAAUGAGAAGCCUGUAACAUUCCCCGGUUUGGCUGAUCAGGCCUCCAUGCCGCUCUAUCAAGAUGUCUUAGAGCACUACAAGGAUCUGCUCCAAGGCUGCGACUUUGAAACUGAGUGUCGGCUGUUCAAGCAGCCUGCUGAAGUUUAAGCAAGCACGGUAUUUUCAGGAAAAAAAAACAUUUUACCAGCAUUACCUGAGUCUGAAUGUGUCUAUUAUGUAAACCAGAUUUUCACUCUAGCAAUCCAGUCUCUCUGAAACACCCAAAGAUCCCAACCUAUAAUGUGAAUUUGAAGUUCUUGUACCGUUUAAGUAUUACCGCUGCUAUAAUAAAGUAUAUAGCGUUUUUUUUUGCAAGAUUCGCUAUUAUCACUACACAACCUAAUGCUUUCAUUAAAUAAUUCAUUUUUGCAGUGUAAGCAUUUAUGUCUUGCAGAUAAGAUCACUCGCUUUUCUCAGUUUUCUGUCUUAUUUUUAAGGUAAAGCAGUGACAAACUAGUUUAAAUGCACUACCAUUUGUGGGCAAGAACCAUCUUCUAGUAUGGGGGUCACAAAUUCUUACGUUUUUAUGAAAAGACAUGUCUGCAUGUUUGAUUUUUUAAAAACCAAUAAUAAUAAAAAUGUUGGACACCGGG